CCCCCAGCUCCAUCUGUUUUCCUCGGCGGGAGGAUGAUUAUAUUGUGCGGGACUGGGGGCCGCCGCAGCCGCAGCCGCGGGAUGGGGCGAGCGCGCCGACCCCGUCGGCAGCCGCAGCCGCCUCAGUGACUCGGCCGGUCGCCGCCCCCCGCGCAGGCCGCCCGCCCUCAGCUCAUGCGCUCGCCGAGCGGCGGCAGCAGCGGGAGAGGCCGCCCCCGCCCGAGGAGCUGAGCGCCGAGCGCCGCGCCGGCGGGAGUCCGAGCGGGCGGGCAGCGUGGGGCGGCCGGGCGCGCUCCGAGCCCGGGGUCGCCGCCAGCGCCGCUCCGGGGAGAUGUGCCCGGAGGAGGGCGGCGCGGCCGGGCUGGGCGAGCUCCGCUCCUGGUGGGAAGUCCCGGCCAUCGCGCACUUCUGCUCGCUCUUCCGCACCGCGUUCCGCCUGCCCGACUUCGAGAUCGAGGAGUUAGAAGCAGCUCUUCACAGAGAUGACGCAGAGUUCAUCAGUGACCUAAUUGCCUGCCUGCUUCAGGGCUGCUAUCAACGAAGGGAUAUCACGCCCCAGACGUUCCACAGCUACCUGGAGGACAUCAUCAACUACCGCUGGGAGCUUGAAGAAGGGAAACCCAAUCCUCUGAGAGAAGCCAGUUUCCAGGAGCUGCCUCUCCGUACUCGUGUGGAGAUCCUGCACCGCCUCUGUGAUUAUCGGUUGGAUGCGGAUGACGUCUUCGAUCUUCUCAAGGGUCUGGAUGCAGACAGUCUCCGCGUGGAACCAUUGGGUGAGGACAAUUCCGGGGCACUCUAUUGGUAUUUCUAUGGAACGCGAAUGUACAAGGAGGACCCAGUACAAGGAAGAUCCAGCGGAGAGCUCUCUUUGAGCAGGGAAAGUGAAGGACAAAAGAAUGUCUCAGGUGUUCCUGGGAAAACAGGAAAAAGAAGAGGAAGACCCCCAAAACGGAAGAAACUCCAGGAAGAGAUUACAGUGAGUGAAAAGCAGGAAGAAAACUCCUUGGUGUCUGAGCCACAGACAAGAAAUGGGUCCCAAGGGCCAGGUCAAGGCACUUGGUGGCUCCUGUGCCAAACAGAAGAAGAAUGGAGACAGGUCACAGAGAGUUUUCGCGAGAGGACCUCCCUUCGAGAACGGCAGCUCUAUAAGCUCCUCAGUGAGGACUUCCUGCCUGAGAUAUGCAACAUGAUUGCCCAGAAGGGAAAGUGUCCACAGCGCGCAAAGGCAGAGUUGCAACCUAGGUGGAUGUCUGACCACCUGUCCAUCAAAUCCCUCAAGCGAGAGGAGACCCCUGUGCUUACCAGAAUAGAAAAACAGAAGCGCAAAGAGGAGGAGGAAGAACGGCAAAUUCUUCUAGCAGUGCAGAAGAAGGAGCAGGAGCAGAUGCUAAAGGAAGAGAGGAAACGAGAAUUGGAAGAGAAAGUUAAGGCAGUGGAAGAUCGAGCUAAGAGGAGAAAGCUCAGGGAAGAAAGGGCAUGGCUGCUGGCCCAAGGGAAGGAGCUCCCCCCAGAACUUUCCCAUCUGGACCCUAACUCCCCCAUGAGGGAAGAAAAAAGGACUAAAGACCUCUUUGAGUUGGACGAUGAUUUCACUGCCAUGUAUAAAGUUCUAGAUGUGGUAAAGGCUCACAAGGAUUCCUGGCCCUUUUUGGAACCUGUGGAUGAAUCAUAUGCCCCAAACUACUACCAGAUUAUUAAGGUCCCCAUGGAUAUCUCAAGCAUGGAGAAGAAACUGAAUGGAGGUGUAUACUGUACCAAGGAGGAAUUUGUAAAUGACAUGAAGACUAUGUUCAGGAACUGUCGAAAAUAUAAUGGAGAAAGUAGUGAGUAUACCAAGAUGUCUGAUAAUUUAGAGAGGUGUUUCCAUCGGGCAAUGAUGAAGCAUUUUCCGGGCGAAGAUGGAGACACAGAUGAAGAAUUUUGGAUCAGAGAGGAUGAAAAGCGGGAGAAGAGACGAAAUCGGGCUGGGCGAAGUGGCGGAAGCCAUGUUUGGACCCGCUCCAGGGACUCAGAAGGGCCCAGCCGGAAACAGCAGCCCGUGGAAAACGGAGGAAAGUCAUUGCCACCCGCACGCCGAGCUUCUUCUUCUGGGGAUGAUCAGAGCAGCAGUUCCUCACAGUUCCCCCAGGAUGUGGGCACCUCCAAUGGCCGAGGCUUUUCUCGUCCCCUCUAUUAUGGUGGGAUGCCCAACCAGACACCCCUUUUAAACCAGAUGAGGCCAGCAGUACCAGGAGCAUUUGGCCCUCUUCGAGGAUCAGACCCUGCCACCUUCUGUGUGUCCUCAAGAGUCCCAGAGCCACACCCUGGAGAGCCGGGACAGCAGCAGCAACCUUUUGCCAUGCAGGUAAGCAACCUACUCAGACUGUGCAGGUGCAAAGGUCUCAAGCCUCCAGUUGGAAUUAACAACCACCGAGGACCCAGGCUAGGCACACCCGAAGAGAAGCGAGUGUGUGGGGGGCUGGCGCAGCUUGCUAACAUGGGAUCACACCCUGGAUCCUUGCAGCUUGGGCACAUGAGUGGCCCCAGUCAGGAUGGAAACAUGUAUCCCCCAACUCAGUUCCAGCCAGGAUUUAUCCCUCCCAGGCAUGAUGGGGCUCCAACCCGACCCCCAGACUUUCCUGAAAGCUCAGAAAUUCCUCCUAGCCACAUGUACCGAUCAUACAAAUACCUGAAUCGAGUACACCCUGCUGUCUGGAAUGGGAACCAUGGUGCUACAAACCCAGGACCCUUGGGGCCAGAUGAGAAGCCCCCCGUGGGGCCAGGACCCUCUCGCCAGCCUCGUACUCUUGGUCACAUGAUGGAUUCCCGAGUGAUGAGACCACCUCUUCCCCCAAACCAGUGGACUGAACAGCCAAGCUUUCUACCUCAUGGAAUUCCUUCUUCAGGGUAUAUGCGACCACCCUGUAAAUCUGGUGGACAUCGGUUACAGCCACCUCCAGCCCCAGCACCCAGUUCUCUUUUUGGAGCUCCCUCCCAGGCCCUGCGGGGGGUGCAGGGAGGGGCCUCCAUGAUGGACAGCCCAGAGAUGAUCGCCAUGCAGCAGCUGUCCUCCCGUGUUUGCCCACCAGGUGUGCCUUACCACCCCCAACAGCCUGCUCCCCCGCACGUACCUGGCCCUUUCCCACCAGCUGCUCACUCAGCAUCAGUAAGUGUGUCUGCCCCCAAGCCUGCCUUGGGGAACCCUGGGAGAUCGCAGGAUGACAGUGAGACACAAGAACCUGAGAAUGACCAAGCAGAUCCCUUGCCUGGGCUUGAGGAGAAAUCACCAAGUGUUGGUGCUUCAGAGGGGCUGUACCUCAAACAACUACCUCACCUCACGCCUCCCCUGCAGACCGACUGUACCGGGCAGAGCUCUCCACAAGAAAGGGAAACAGAGGGCCCAGAGCUCAAAAGCGACUCCUCAGAAUCUGGAGACAACUGUAAAGCAACAAAAAGCAAGAGUCCCUGGCCCUCAGAGAGCAGCUAUGCCAGUACAGCAGCCCAAGGGUGUAUGAGAGACCUCUCCGCUCUGGCAGAGAGAGGGGCUCUACCCGAAAACGGAGUGAUUGUUGAAGCAUCCCCUUGUGCGUCAGAGGGGAAAGGCCUCAGUGGUAGUGGUUCAGAAAAGCCACUCUGCCCUAGAGGCAGAGCACUGCAGGAAACCAUGCCGUGUCCAGGACAGACCCUAGCUGCGCCUCCCAGCACAGACCCCAAUUUGCUGGGAAGCACUGUAAGCCAGUUUUCUCCCUUGUACGUGCCUGGCCUGGAAUACCCAGGUUCAGCUGCACAUUACCACGUCACUCCAGGCCUGCAGGGCUUGGAUCAUGUGAUGGGAGCUAAACCCUCAGUCUCACAUCCUCAGCAUUUCCCCCCCAGGGGUUUUCAGUCUAACAGCCCGCAUUCUGGGGUCUUUCCUCGGUAUCGCCCCCACCAAGGAAUGAGGUAUUCCUACCAGCCACCACCUCAGCCUUCCUAUCAUCACUAUCAGCGAACUCCUUAUUAUACUUGUCCACAGGGUUUUUCCGACUGGCAGAGACAUAUCCAUCCCCCGGGAAGCCCAAGUGGGCCCCCACGUAGUCAGCCUUCCCUGCCAAGACCCCUCUUCUCAGAUAAGAACGCCAUGGCUAAUCUCCAAGGCUGUGAGACACUGACUGCUGCCUUAACUUCCCCGACCCGAAUGGAGGCGGUGGCUGCCAAGGUGGUCACAGCUGAUGGGCAGAAUCCUGCUGCAGAGGAAGAGAAGCUGGAUGAGUCUGUGGAGAGGCCAGAGAGUCCCAAAGAAUUUUUAGACCUGGACAACCAUAAUGCAGCUACCAAGCGACAGAGUUCACUGUCAGCCAAUGAAUAUCUCUACGGAACUCCUCCUCCACCUCUGAGUUCAGGGAUGGUGUUUGGUUCAUCUGCUUUCCCACCCCAUGGAGUGAUGCUACAAACGGGGCCUCCUUAUACCCCUCAGCGGCCGGCCAGUCAUUUCCAGCCCAGGGCUUACUCUUCCCCUGUGGCUGCUCCUCCCGCUCACCACCCAGUGGCAGCCCAGCUCAACGGCCUCUCUCAGGAGGGCCCCAUCUAUCACUGCCAAGAAGAGGGCCUGGGUCACUUUCAAGCAGUAAUGAUGGAACACGUUGGCACUGGAAGUGGAAUAAGGGGACAUUUCCAGGAAAUGUACAGACCGUCAGGAAUGCAAAUGCUUCCGGUCCAGGCGCAUGCCUCGUUCCCAAAGACCCCAGCACCAGCAACAUCGCAGGAAGAGCUGCCGCCACAUAAGCCCCCAACACUGCCCCUUGAUCAGAGCUAGUCCAAGGAGGAAAUAACCCCCAAGGAAACGGAAAGCUGCACAUGAAGACUGGAACAAGGAGAGUUUGGGAGAACGACCUCCCCCAUCACUGUUCCUGUCACCCUGCUGCACCCUUCACCGUGCAUAACUUCAUGCUGUCGCAUUGCUGGAGCAGUUCCUGAGCCCUGGAAGCACACUCCUUCGAUAACGAACACACCGCUGCCGAGGUCCUGGGUCAGGGAUCUCUUGCAUGGCUGAUAGUAGAGAACAAAUGAACUGGAACUAGUGAUGGCUUUUCCGAGUCCCGAGACUCUUAUUCAGGGAAAAUCAUCUUAAACGUGGUGGGGGGGCAUACUUAAGAAUGGAGUGGUGCUUGUAAACCUUCAUGAGCAGCUAAACUCAGGUAUAUAUUUGGGGAAGGGACUACUUGUAGUAUUAAUGUGUUUGGAGCUGGGUCCAGUUUACAGAAUUUUCAUGUUGCCUUUUAAAAUAAUUUUUGUGGUUGGUGGUGAAUGUAUUGUAUGUCAAGUGGGAACGGUGGGUGGGGAUGUGGAAGAAAUGGAAGUCCUAAAUGGUGGGCACACAGCACUGGAGUGAUCCUUAUCUGUUUACAAUCAUGUCACACUGAAUACUUUGGGGAGCUGGAGAAGUGGGUAGGAAAAGUUUGCUCCUGUAACAGGUCACUGUGUUUCCUCAAUGGCCAGCCAGCCUUUAAGAUCUAAAGGCCUUCUUUCCAAUCAGCCCAAGGAAGUCCCGUUACACCGCCCCCCAGCCAUUCAGCUUCUCCAUUCGGAGGCAGAGAGCUCUCACACGGCCUUCCAGAAGCUUCAGCCCAGAAGACAGGCUGCCCUCUCCUCUGGUGGCCCAAAUCCUGGAUAAGAGAGCAGUGCCCUUCCUGAAUGCCACCAGCCCUACCAGAUAGUAAACCAAUAUCAGGAAUUGGGAUCACUAGAGUGUUUUGCUUAUAGGAAGAUAAAAUGAAUCAUCCUCUUCACAGACUUGCCAGGACUGUGAUCUGGAAGGCGUCACAUAAAGCUUUCUGGCACAAAUCACAUUUUGUGGAAGUGACUACUCAGGUUUGUAUAUGUUAGUAUCAAUAAAGAAAUUGCACAGUUUUGAAUAGGGAAAAUGUAUUCUAUAGAUUUACAAUUUGAAUUUAGGAAUAUUUCAAUAUAUAUAGUUUUUAUUCAAUUUAAGUGAAUCAUAGUAAAAUAAGUCAUGGUGAUUUAAAAUAGCUGUCAAGAACAAGUUCUUGGAAAUCAUUUGUUGUAUCUGAUAGGAAACAAUUUUACAGUAUUAAAUUACUUUAUUACAGUUUUAGAAGUGAAUUACACUGGAUUCUCCCUGUUUAGCAUUCUGUAUUUGGUUUUAGCUGAGAUGCUACCAAAGUUAGGACUCAUGUUUUAAUCUUUUGAAUAUCCCACAUAUCCCACAAAGAAAAAAAAAAAACUAAGGAAAAUGCCCUGAAAUUACAAGUUUUUGUAAAGAGUAGCAUAUUUUGAAGCAUGCCUUUGGGACAGUAAAAAAGCUUCCAUAUGAUAUCAAUCUGCCCUAGUUUCUUAUCAAUUCAACUGUGUGGGGGCCAGUAGAACCUUUCCCUCCAAUUCCAGCAUCCUUGAUAAAACAUGGAACUGUCAUGUUUAAAGAGUGCUAAAGAUAUGCUAUCAGUAGGAAAGGAAACAAAUUGGAAACAUCCAUGUUAUACAAAUGGAACCCAAGACACCAGUGCCAGUGUAAUGGAAAUUCAGCGAGUGCUUCCUGACCUGGCUGACGGCUGAGGCAGGAUGGGGAGUUGGAUCGGGAACACAGAUGCCUUUGAGAUAACGAUGCAUGAAAAUACGAAUGUUUCUGUGAUAGAUUUUAAUUUUAAAUUUGGUGUGCUUUUUCAAGUGGAAUGAGUUGUGAGGCUGUGUUCUCAUUUGAUCCUGAUUCCUGUUAGAAAUCUGGUUUGCUGGAAAAACAGAGGUGGAGGUUUGUGGAUGGGCUCAGUCAGCCCCUGAGCUAGUGGAAGGUAGCAUGGUUGAAGCAUUCUUACUUCUGUGUCUGUGCAAAAGCAGGGAGGAGGAAAGACCAGUCUCUACAGCUAGUUUGGGCCUGGUUAGACCUCGUUUGGGCCCAGAGCAUUCUGCCACUGACAGCCUUUCUUUUCUCAGGUUAAAGCUGGUUUGAGAGGCCUCUGGCUCUUCCCUCACUGGGAGCGCAGUAACCGUGGAGCCUUUUCCCCUGGUGCUGGAGCUCAGGGGUUGCUUUGUGCCGAAUAACCCUGGGGCUCGGGUCAGAGUGGGCCAUAAGCAAUAGUCGGGCUGAUUUGUACCUUUCCUUCCACCCUGGUGGUAUUUGAGCAGCUGUGUCCACACUGCUCUAGGUAACCUUUUCUCCUCUCUCCCAGCCCCUUAGCCCCAAUUACCUGUUGCUAGAGAGGAGCUGUGAACAAUAUAGGACGAAAUCGGUCAAUUCUUUUCUCCUUAAUCUCCCUUCUUGGUAUGUAGAGAAAAAUACUGAGGAAGAACGAUAGGAGAUUGAACUGUGAACAAGGGCGACAGCAAGAUAGCAGCCUUGUUGAUCCCGUGUGGGGUUGGGUCGCGCGUUGCGGGUGCCAGUGCCUCGUGCCUUGUCUGCUAUGUCGGGAGCUUUGAGUGGUCUUGAAGUGCCGUCUGCUGAAAGCAGGCAGGAGCCGCAGGGUUCCAGGGGCUCUGGAUGCAGAGCUGCCUGAACCAUUGCUCCACUCUCCCCCCAGCGGGGUCUGUCUCCUCACCUCCUUUUUCUCCUCUAGCACUUCUUCCCACGUGUCUUAAGCAGAUGCAAACGCCUCUGCCACCUUCUCAACUCGGGGUGAUGGUCAUGUGAUGUGCUGUAACUAGACAGAAGUGUGUAAAGGGUCCUGAAGAAGCUCUGCUCUCAGGCUAGAAGGCCUCUGACACUGUGGCUCCCUGCCACCUUGUCGGUGUGCCAGCUCUCGAUGGGGCCCAGGAAGGACAGCUGAGAUGCCUGGGUAACGAGGAAUACUCUCACCCCUAUUUGAUUGAACAUUCCUGGCUAACCUUAAUUAGAGUUGUUAAUAAGUUAGAAACUGUUGCCCCAAGACCCAAGAGAAAAGAUCCAAAAAGAAAAGUAGAGCCUUUUGGAAGGUUUCCAGUUUGCGGUUUUUUUCCCCCCUCAGAGUCUGUUCAUUUAGCUUUUGGCUAAAAUUUAUUACGGUAAAUGUAUAUGGAGAAUAAAUAAGGACAAAAUAUGCA